AUGGCUCAACAAGAGAAUUAUGACAUUGUUAUUGUGGGCGCCGGCCCUGUCGGUCUGCUCUUGUCCCUAUUGCCGACCGCAACUGGUCGCGCCGACGGUAUUCAGCCACGAUCCACCGAGAUUCUGCGCAAUCUUGGCUUGAAGCGCUCUAUUAUGGCUUACGAGCCCGCCAAGGUGUAUGAUGUUGCUUUCUGGGAUCCCAAGGCCGAUGGUUCUGGCAUCGGCCGCACGGGCAGCUGGCCCAGCUGCCCCCGAUUCAUUGACACCCGCUACCCUUUCACUACCCUUGUUCACCAGGGUAAGAUUGAGCGUGUGUUCUUGGAUGAGAUUGAGAAGGCCGGCACAACUGUUGAGCGGCCAUGGACCAUCGUUGGAUUCAAGAACGAUGGUGCCAAUGCUGAAUACCCCGUUGAGGUCAACCUCAAGUGCCUGGAUACCAAUGUCAUCGAGAAUGUGCGCGCCAAGUAUUUGUUCAGUGGCGAGGGUGCCCGCAGCUUUGUCCGUGAGCAGCUUGAUAUCAAGAUUCACCACAAGGAUCCUAUUGCCUACGUUUGGGGUGUUAUGGACGGUGUUGUGCGCACAAACUUCCCCGAUAUUGAGACCAAAUGCACCAUUCACUCCGAUGCUGGCUCUAUCAUGGUCAUCCCCCGCGAGGACAACAUGGUCCGUCUCUAUGUUCAGAUUGCCUCCUCCACCGACGCCGAUUGGAACCCCCGAAAGACCGCCACCGUUGAAGAGGUCCAGCAGACUGCGAAGAACAUCCUGAAGCCAUACUGGAUUGAGUGGGACCGGGUUGAAUGGUACUCGGUCUAUCCCAUUGGACAGGGUAUUGCUGAGAAGUAUACCCUUGACGAGCGAGUCUUCAUGGGUGGUGAUGCUUGCCACACCCACAGCCCCAAGGCUGGCCAGGGAAUGAACACUGCUUUCCACGAUGCACUCAACAUGGCCUGGAAGAUCCACGCCGUGGAGAGUGGUUUGGCAAACCGCUCUACCCUCAGCACUUAUGAGACUGAACGCAAGGACAUUGCCGAGACAUUGCUGAACUUCGAUGCUAAAUAUGCUGCCCUGUUCUCCAAGCGCCGCCCUUCUGCUGGCGAGGUUGGUUCUGCCAGCCACACCACGGUGGGUGCUGGUGGGGAGGAGGACGAAUUUGUCAAGACUUUCAAGGAAUCUUGCGAGUUCACCAGUGGAUACGGAGUGGCCUACAAGCCCAGCAUCUUCACCUGGGACGCCACUCACCCUGCCAAGUCCGCUCUGUUCGAGAUUCCCGGCGUUCACCUGACUCCUGGUCGUGCUUUCACACCGACCACUGUCACCCGUCUUGCUGAUUCCAACUUUGUCGAGCUCGAGCAGGAAGUUCCUGCCAACGGUGCAUUCCGUAUCUUCAUCUUCGCUGGCAACCAGGCCAAGACCAAGAAGGCUAUCGCUGACUUUGCUCUCAACCUGGAGAAGGAGCGCUCAUUCCUGUCGGCCUACCGCCGCUCUGAUAUCGCCGAUGUGUCAUUCUUCGAACGCCACAAUCCUCACUCCAAGCUCUUCACUCUGUCUGUGAUCUACGCAGGCUCCAAGAACACUAUCGAUGUGGACUCCAUCCCCCAGGUUCUGCGCGACUACCACCACCACAUCUAUGCCGAUGAUAUCCCGGAUGUGCGUGUUGCUCAGGCUACAUUCGCGGCCCAUGAGAAGCUCGGAUUUGAUGCUGAGAAGGGUGGUGUCGUUGUCACUCGCCCCGACAGCCACGUUGCCUGCACCGUGCAGUUGGUUGAGGGAAGUGGUACUGUUGACGCUCUCAACGAGUUCUUCAAUGCGUUCUCGACAAAGCCCCUGGGCCAGGACACCCAGCAGAGCCGCCUGUGA